AUGUCUUCUCCAGCUGCUCAAUCUGUUUCCAAGUCGGCCAAAAAGAAGGCUGCCAAGGCUAUCGAGCGUGUCAACUCUCCUGCCCCCAGCGCUGCCUCAGGUGCAACUGAGAAGAACAGCGACGACGGUCCCGCCAGUCAAUACAUCAGGGAGCUCCAGAAGAACAUUCGCAAUCUGAACAAGAAGAUUACAAACGCCUCGAAGACUGAUAGCAUUCUCAACGAGCACCCCAAGAAGACCCUCGAUCAACUCGUCAGCGAGAAGAUCAUCAACGCUGACCAGAAGGCUCAAAUCGAGAAGAAGCCAGAGCUCCGGGCCCAGCUUCAGCAACAGGAGGAGCAGCUGAACCAGUACAUCAAGAUCGACGAAUACUAUCGCUCACAAGCCAGUGCGGACAAGGCUGAAUGGGAAAAGGCUCUCGAAAAGGCCAAGAGCGAUGCAGCCGCUGAGGUAGAGGCGAGCUUCCGAGCCUCUCAGCGCAAGGAUCUGCUGCUGCUGUCCCAGUUCCUGCGGUUGGCUGCCUACCGCCGUGAGGAGGGUGGUGACGCAGAGUCGGACGAGUCCCAAGCCAUCGAAGGCAUUCUGCUCGCCAUUUACACAGGAGAUGACAGCGCAGUCGAGACUAUGCUGAAGCUCACCCAAGGAUCGUCCGACGCUCCGCUUAGUGUGCCUGGGGAGCAGCUGCAGACUCCAUAUUCGCAGAUUAAGACCCUCGCCCAGACCUAUAAGAGUCCCUACGAAAUCGAUGCGGCGGCCGAGACAUCUGUCGAGACUGAGGCUGCCACUGACCCCACAGUUGCGCACGCGACCACGACCGAGAUUGAAGCCGGCGACGCCACACAGCUCAACGGCCAGUCUGUGGAGACAAUCACGAGCGGUAUUGACAAUGUCAAUGUCACCGACCAAGCUGCCAACGCGGUCGGCCAAAGUCACUGGGACAGCACCAAGGACGUAGCUACCUCGCAGGACGAGUGGGUGCAGGUACCCCGGGACCCAUCCGAGACCGACACGGGCCUGAACGCGACGCCUGCCGUUGCUGCCAACACCCAGUCGUGGGCAGACGACCAACCUGAGCAAACGCCUGCUCCCAAGAUUGCUGACCCGAACGAAGGCUUCCAAUCUGUGCAGCGUAACCGUGGCCGCACUGAUAGUGGCCCCAGCCGCGGAGGUCGUGGACGCGGUGAUUUCCGUGGUCGUGGCCGUGGUGAUGCGCGCGGUCGCGGCCGUGGUGGCCGAGGUGGCCCUUCGCGUGGUGGACCUCGCCGAACUGAAGAGUCGUAG